AUGCCGGCUGUGACCUCCCUCGCACCCCUGCGCCCACGCCCCUCCCUGGACUCCCAGGACCGUUCGUUCGCCAUCGAUUCCCUCAACAGCCGCCGCCCUGUGACCACCGAAGAUGAGCUCAUCAUCAUCGCCUGCCCCGACCCACCCGGCGCGGACGACUGCCUGAAGGCAGUGCGCAUGAUCGGCGACCAGGAUGAGAAGGAGGGCGUGCCGGACCGCCCCGUGGUGCUGUUCAACCAGCGGCUGUCCAGCGGCGACGUCGGCAUCGGCCUCAACGCGCGGCGGAUGCGCGACAACUUCCUGGGCCGCUUCACGGUCACCUACAGCCUGCGGCCGGUGGGUGACAUCGGCACCGUGUUCAGGAGCUACCCCGGGAUGUGGAAGGUCUUUGUGGAGGAGCCGGAGCUGCCCGGCAGGUACCGGAUGAUUGCGGAGCGCCCCAGCCGCCCCGCAGGCGAGGCCCUGGACUUCAUCAUCGACCAGGCCCUAAACCCCAACGCGGGCGCCGAGGGCGGCGCGGCGGCGCCGGCGGACCUGGGGUCGCAGCUGCGGCAGGUCAUUACCGGGAUGUCGCGGUUCAUGCGGUCGCUGUCCAACUGA